AUGGCUCACCAAGUAACCCAAAAUAACGAGAACCUCACCGCACCUACACCCCAUACGGGCGAUGCACCAUUAGAGAAAGACUUCAGUCAGAAUGGCUAUCAUACCCAUUUGGACGCGGGCCAUGACUCUGAUGCCGCUCUGAGGAAGAUUCGGACCGCAGGCAGCAUAUCCAUCUCGCCUGAGCUAUUCGAGAAGCUCUAUCUUUCCCCUCAGAAUAGGGUGCAUGGCGACCUGCGGAAAACUGUCGGCAACCCAACGCCCUUGGCACUCAUCGGCUUCCUGCUCUCUCUCACGCCUCUUAGCAUGGAUCUCAUGGGGUGGCGAGGCGCUGGAGGCAAUGGUGCAGCGGGCACUGCGACGUAUUUCUUCUUUGGCGGCUUGCUCAUGAUCCUCGGCGCUCUCGGUGAAUGGAUCAUCGGCAACACCUUCCCCUUUGUAGUCUUUGGCUCUUUCGGCGCCUUCUGGCUCGGCUUUGCGGGGACUCUACAACCCUUUUACAAUGCUUACGGCGCGUAUUCCACGACCGAUAACCCAGCGGAUGGCCUGAACACCGUUGGGUUCCGCUCCAGCUUCGCAUUUUUCUUCAUCGCCAUGGCUGUCAUGUGCUUCGUCUAUCUCAUCUGCUCCUUGCGCACAAACUUCUGCUUCUUCAUGAUCUUCUUCACCCUCGUCAUCGCUUUCGGCCUUCUCGCUGGCGCAUACUAUGCGCUCAACACCGGCAACACGGCCCUGGCAACGAGACUGCAGACGGCUGGUGGCGCCUUCGCGUUCAGUACUUGUAUCUUUGGGUGGUGGAUCUUCAUUGCCAUCAUGCUGGCGAGCUUGGACUUUCCCUUUAGCGUGCCCGUUGGCGACCUCUCUGGCUUCAUCAAGGGUGCUUCCGAACGCGAGAAGACUGUCUAA